AUGGGAUCAAAUAGGCUACCCUUUGGAUUCAUUUCGGGAGGAUAUAGCUGCAGUGAGCAAUAUGAUUGGCAGCAGUUAACCCUUCGUCAAAGAGAACAAGCAACAAGGGAGCAACCCCAUAGCAGUGCAAACUUGAGGUACCCUGUGCAUAUACCCAACAGGACUGAGAGGACUAGUCCAUCCUUUGAUUGUGUUUGUGAUUAUGCAAAAGGGGCCGAUGGACAUAUUCAUGAUACGGUAACCCUUGGCAAGGUUUGUCAGUUUAACGGGGGAAGUAGCACUCAGAAUGGACCUUAUCAAGCGGACCAAUAUCUGCCAUCUUACUUUCCAGUUGACCAUUUUUCUGAGAUAGAUGAAGCACGGCAUCGGGCUUACAUGGACAGCUUCUACACUGACAAUAAUCCUGAUCACACCUCAGCUAGUCGGUUGCGUCAUAGGGAUGAACAAAGGAAAGCUUACACCAAGAAGCCAUUUAAGAAAUUGCACACUAUAAAAAAUUCAAAAAAACUGCGCACUAUCCAUCCUAGGCAACCUGAGCUUUCACUCCGUGAGGAUUUUCAUGAUAGGUUGGGCAUUAGAAAUUGCAGGAAUGCUUAUCAUGGCAAGAGGUUAAAAACAAAACCGGCAAGAUGGAGUUCUCAGAAAAACAAUUCCAGUGUGCCUUGUGUUGGUAAACAUGGGAGAAGCAGUCGGCAGACAAGAUCUGGAGAACAACCGUUUGAACAGGAAGCUGAGAACAGUAGACACAAAAGGUAUGGAGGUCAGCUGGUCGGAGAGAAAGCUAAGAAGCGUAUGAUUUAUGAGGGGCACCCUAAAGGAUUAUGUUCACGUCGUGAGCAGGAUGAGCAUCUGCAUCAUGAGGUACAUCAUAGUGGUUCUGAUACGAUGAGAAAUGACAAUUGGGAGAAAAAUGCUGAAACAAACGAUGAAGUAGAUCAUAAUGGAGCAGAAGGGAACUGCCAUCUAAUGAAGAAUAUUCGGGCCGCUGCUGCUACAUGCUGUGGCUCAACAAAGUCUAAUGAAAACUCACAUGUGUUAUGUCCCAAGUACAGCAGCAAAACCAUCGCUUCAUCUAAUGAGCCAAAAGGGAGUAGCAACAUGAAAUUAGUAUCUGACAAGCAGCCAAGUGUUGUUGGUUGUACCAAAAGACCUCGAAACACAAGAACUGGAGACAUUUCGACACGUAACCUGCAGAAUCUCUCAGUCACUCAUAUGGAGAAGGGCGUGCAUACAAAGCAAGCUGAUAAUACUUCUCAUUCUGAAUUACUUCGCGAAUGUCUAGAUAUUUGGAGAAGAAGAAGAUUAAGGAAGGAAAGCAGUGCUGAAGCUAAAAAACUAGAUCAAACAGGUACUGCGAGGCAUGAAUGGUCUGCUUCUUCUUGUAGCUCAGAAAGUGAUGAUGAAAAUGUCAAUGCAUCUGAGAGUGCUUCUGGGAACUCAGAAAGUGCGGCUGAAAAUGAUACUGAAUUGGAGAAUUCCCAAAAAUGUAGAGGUGCAACGUCGCUUGAUGGAGUACAAAACCGUGGUGAGGGAAGAGCAAUGAUAAAUACAGAGCAGCCCUUCAGAUGCCUCAGUGGUACAAACUACAACAAAAGCUCAGCCAAGCAAGGGCUGAAGUGCAAUCUGGAGGUUUUGCAAGAACCACAUCCAGGUGAAAUCAUGCAGCAAAAGGAAGAGAAUAAACUUCCAUGCUGUCUACCAUCAACUGUUCAUCCAAAUGGCAUGAUACAAACUAGUCACAACAGUUGUUCUGAUACUAGCAAGAAACAAACUAGACGGAACAACUGGGCAGAUAUUAGUAAGGUAGAUCAAGCAGCUACUUAUCCUGAUAGUAGUGUGUAUCGGAAUGUUUCUCAGCACGAGACUGGCAAUCAUUUGGAUGAUGGGAGAAAAUAUAAACUGGGCAUCGGCUGUGAAAUUAAAAGGAAAGCAGCACAAGGCGAUGGUGCCAAAUGGUUUGAACAAAUGCCCAGUUUGAUAACAGGUCCAACACUGCUGGAUCAAAAAAGUCUUGCAGUUUGCUCUCCUGAUGAUGGUAAUGUGAAGGUCUGUGGGUCAGAGUGUUCCAAUCAGUGCAGUAAAACUACUUUAGAAUUGGAGAAAGGGAAGAAGUAUGUCAAUUGCUCCAGUGGAACUGACUGCAGAGUCAUAAAAAUUUGUUCCAGUGGAGGUGAUUGCAGAGACAUCCGACAAGAUACCAUGAAUUGCAGAAGAAAGAGGCAAGUGUCUUUAUCUCUGGCAGACUCUGAAAAUGAUAAAGGAACAAAGGAAGAUUAUCAGCCACCUGGAGUUCUUGAAGUGACAUCAAAUCGACAGAUUUCCUGCCUAUCUGAUGUUGGCAUAAAAAUACCUGAUGUUGCUAGACCAGCUGAUUGCACCCCACGUUUUACAAUACCAGACUUAAAUUGUUUGCCUAGUAUGAUCGCAGAUGAAGAAGAAUUCGAGGCAUCUCAAGAAGUGAUUAAUCAAGUAACUGGGCACGGUUCGGAACCACAUGAUGCUUGUCCGAGCCUUUCCGCCUUUAGUGGGCCUGCUGUGCAGGAAGAACAGUUUAAGCAACCAGAGAAGAAUGAAUUUGUCGGAGGAAUUUGCGCAAGAACGGUUGCAAAUGGUUCACGGAUCUCUGAUUCACACAGUGCAAAGGGCGCGGUUAAUCAGGCAACUGGGCAGCAUACUAGUCAGAGCUUUUCCGCCUUUAGUGGGCCUGCUGUGCAGGAAGAACAGUUUAAGCAACCAGAAAAGAAUGAAUUUGUUGGAGGAAUUUGCGCAAGAACGGUUGCAAAUGGUUCACGGAUCUCUGAUUCACAUAGUGCAAAGGGAGCGGUUAAUCAGGCAACUGGGCAGGAUACUAGUCAGAGCUUUUCAGCCUUUAGUGGGACUGCUGUGCACGAAAAACAGUUUAAGCAACCAGAGAAGAAUGAAUUUGUCGGAGGAAGUUGCACAAGAACGGUUGCAAAUGGGUCACGGAUCUCUGAUUCACAUAGUGCAAAGGAAGCGAUUAAUCAGGCAACUGGGGAGGAUACAAGUCAGUGCUUUUCAGCCUUUAGUGGGACUGCUGUGCAGGGAAAACAGUUUAAACAAUCUGAAAAGAAUGAAUUUAGUGGCGGAAUUUACGAAAGUGAGAUUGCAAAUGGUUCGCGGAUCUGUGAUUCACAUAGUGGGCCACCAAAACUAAGUACUGAUGAAGAAAGUAUCACAGCAUUCAAAUGUGCCCUCGGCGAAUUCAUAAAAAAUAUCUUAAGGCCUCUGUGGGAAGAAGGCCUCUUAUCUCGUGAGGUCCACAAAAUUAUAGCGAGGAAAGCCGUGGAUAAAGUGGCCUUGACAUUGGGCCCAAAGGUGCCUCGUACAGAAGCAGCCAUCUUUAGGUUUUUUGCAGAGGAAUCUCAGAGUGUAGAACAACUCGUUCAGGUUACUUGGAUAUAUACCUGGGAAAGCAAGUUCUUAGGAGAACUAUGCCUGGUAGUAUCUGACCAAUCACGGGAAACCCCAUGCAGGUUAUAA